AUGAUAUUGCGCGCGAGAUUUAUUCGUGACCAUAAUUACGGAACAAGUCUUGGUCUAAAUCCAGACGACGAAUUGUACGACAAUCCAGUAUCCCAGACAUUCGGAGUGCAGACUGAAUUCAACGAACAGCUGUUCUCGAAUCCGAAAACUUGGACGUCCGUUUGCGUCGACGCGUCUACCCAAGUAAACGACAUUGAUCUAUUCGAUUACGAAGCUGAGUUAACGAAGAUAGUAGAGGUACAGAUCGGCGACGUGUUCGAAAAGGUCAUAGACGAAGUGGUAUACGAAGUCGAAAUAGAAAUGAGAGACCGGAAACAGAGAGAGCUGCGCAUGCAUCGCGCCAUAGAAGAGAAUAAAUUACAAAGGCUGAUUUACGAAGAAUUUAAAUCUAAUAAGCUUAUAGCUGAACACACUGAAUUCUUCGAUAGGGUCAAAUUGUAAAUUUAAAAGACGAA